CCACAUGUCGGAGAGCUCUUGUCUCUGUUUCGUGCAUCAGCAAACGCAAGGGUAUAAAACCCUAGAGUACCCCUCAUUGAGCUUUACUUGCCCCAUCCUUCUCUCAUCAACUCCAACCCAACACUACAACACCACCACACAUCACAAUGUCUAAGUCCCAGGUUUUCUUCGACAUCACCGCCAACGGCUCGCCCCUUGGCCGCAUCGUCAUGGAGCUCCGUGGCGACGUCGUCCCCAACACCGCCGAGAACUUCCGCGCUCUCUGCACUGGUGAGAAGGGUACCGGCCGCAGCGGCAAGCCCCUCCACUUCAAGGGCGCUUCCUUCCACCGUGUCAUCCCCCAGUUCAUGCUCCAGGGUGGUGACUUCACUGCUGGCAACGGUACCGGUGGUGAGUCCAUCUACGGCGAGAAGUUCAGGGACGAGAACUUCACCCUCAAGCACACCGGCCCCGGUAUCCUCUCCAUGGCCAACGCCGGCCCCAACACCAACGGCUCCCAGUUCUUCAUCUGCACCGAGAAGACCUCGUGGUUGGAUGGCAAGCACGUCGUCUUCGGCUCCGUCGUCGAGGGUCUUGACGUCGUCAAGAAGGUCGAGACCUACGGUUCCUCCAGCGGCUCCACCAAGGCCAAGAUCGUCAUCGCCGACUGCGGUCAGCUUGCUUAAAUGCUUGCACGGACGCGAGGCGGACAAAAAGCAUUCGAACAAUGGAUUGAAAAGUUUCAGGACACAAGUGAGCGGGAUCUAGUAUGGCUUCGAUGCCAGAACAACCCACGGAUACACGAUACUGGCUGAGAUGGAGUAAGGCCAUUGUGUCUACAUAACGAGACAAUGAUACUGAUGACUUCGCCAAUCGCAGC